UCCCAGCUGACUGGGGAUUAAAGAUGAGCAUUAAAACUCACAUUGGACCUCAUGUGCUCUCCAACCGUCCUGCACUCAGGCAUAUUCCUCUGAGCUGCGAUACUCGGCUGACAUGAACGUUUCUGGGAUACACCACGGCGUGCUCAGGAUGUACGGCGGAUUCAUCUUCAAACAAUGGAAGAAGAGGUUCCUGCACCUGACACCUGAAGGGAGCCUCUUCGUGUGCCAUGAUGCGUUAUCCCCCCCGACCCAGAUGGUGCUGCUGCAAAGCAACUGUGAGGCCAUUGUGGAGGGCAAGGAGAUCCUGGACCUGCCCAAGCUGCCCUCCGGUGGAUGCAGGGACUGCUGCUUCGCCCUGAUCCUCCCUCAGAACAAGUACCUGCUGCUGCUGGCUGAAGCCCCUGCAGACUGCAGUCACUGGGUGAAUAUGCUGAAAAAGGUGAAGAAGAGUCUCUCGUCGCCCCUCAGUCCCUGCAAGCGCCAUCACCUGCCGCCCCCACGCAUUACCCUCGAAAAUCUGGUACCUGAGCAAAUUCUAGACAAAGAUCCACCAACUCCACCUGUCAGUGACACCGAGGCCUCGUCCCCAGGACCCACGGCCCGCGCUUCCCCAAGGGACAAAGUAGGCAGGAGCUCUCCCCACACCAAAACCUUAAGAGGAGGUGCACAGUCCAUGGGAUGCCUGCGCCACGGCACUAUCAAUAAUGCACAGGCCAUGAGGGCGGUUUAUCUGCUGAUGGGGGGGGCGGCUGCCUCCUCCGCCAUGGGCUACCUAGGAACGUGCUCAUCCACUAAUCUGGAGGCCAAAGCUGACCUGCCACUCAACAUGGAUUUCUCUGGCGCAGGACCAGCAGGAGCGUAUCACAUCGGAGGCACGUCGCUCGACUCCCCGCACUUCAACAGCUUUGACUUCGACGUGGCCGACUCUGAUUUUGAUGCUUUUGAUUGUGGCGGAUUUACCUUCUAAUUAUUCUCUGAGUGAGGUUUCUGUACCCGGGUCUGUAGCCUGCAGACGGUGUUAACUUCACCACGAUUGGUCCAAAAUUUUGCUGAAAAUUGUUGCUGGCCAGUGAAAACGGAUUUGAAAGGAAGACUGCAGUAAUCUGCAGAGUUAUAAGAAUCAAAAUCACAUCUAAAUCACUGAAACAUCUGUUUAUAUUCUUGUUUAUAUUCACCAUUAUUACUUUAGACUUAAUGAAAGUAGCAAACAGAGACCUUGCUGUGGACGAAUAUAGCAUUUUUGUGUAACCUUGGUCAUUCUCUCUAUUUUUCUUUUUCUUUUUUGUAAUUGAGGCUUUAAAUGUGUUGAGCUUAAAAAUGUGCCAAUUAUUUUAUUUCAAACAAAAGUAUUGUGGCUUUUUAAAUGGCACAUUUGAUGAAAAAAUUCAACUAUCUUUUGUUCUGUCAGAAUAAAAUCGAGCUCUUCAUUAAUCUAAAUGCAGGCAGCUCAUCAUCUUCCAAUGUACAGUAUAUAGAGCAGAUUAUUGCAUAACAUUGUGCUUAUUGUAUAAACCUGAUUGGAUUAAAGUAGAUCUGCAGUGUAUUUGUAUAUAUUUUUUAUUUAGUGAUCUCUAAAACCACAGGUCUCCUUUAAAGCUCCUUUAAAGCUUGUGCUUCUGUGUAUGUGAUGUGGUGCCAACCUGAGGAUUUAUGUUAUUUUGAUUUUGAACUUGUCUUUUAACGCCUUUUAUCUUGCUGUAAAUGAAUAAAAGUGAUGUGUGGGAUUUUGUUUCACUCGUUAAAAAUUAAUUCUGUCAUAUAAAGUCACGCAAAAUCAGCAACUAAAAAAAUCCU